AUCUCAAAAUGGACUUUUAGUAUAUGUACGUGUGAACAUUGAUUUACAAGUAUUAAGUAGCAAUAUUGAAAGAAUCUGGUGUGUUAACAUGUGUUUAUGUGUUUGAAAGAAUCACAGCAGUGCUAUUUAUGAGAGAAACCCUCGUCGCACUGAUAAUCUUCUCCUUCUUGGUACUAUUCACUAUCAGGUUGAUUCUUGAAUCAUCAUCGCCUUUGCAGUUCUUCGUUUCCCAAGCUUUUAGUGUUGUUACUUAUCUCAUACAUCUCUCUCUUUAAUUUGGACGGAACCUGAUGCUGUUCCUACUGAAUCAACUGCUUUAUUUUUGGUACCAACUAUUAAGAAUUGCUUUCCCUAGUACUUCGGUGCGUUGUGAUUAAUUUUUCAAUACCGUAAGUAGUGUACGGCAUUAAUUUUUCAAUACGGUAAGUAGUUGCAUGAUUUUGACACGUGCAUCGUGAAAAAUGAAGCUGUGUUUACCUGUUUUUUGACCCAACGUUCGCAGAAUGCUAUGGAACAUGGCAAAUGCUUGGAAGGAAAAAGGGAAUAUUGAUCGUGCAAUCUACUAUUAUUUGCGGGCUAUUGAGCUACGCCCAAAUUUCAGUGAUGCUUGGUCCAACUUAGCUUGUGCUUACAUGCGUAAAGGACAAUGCGAAGAGGCUAUCAACUGCUGUCACCAGGCUCUUGCACUAAACCCUGGAUUGGUUGAUGCUCAUAGCAACCUCGAUAAUCUAUGUUGGUUAAACUUCAACAUAGAAGUCACUAACAAGCUGGUUAGGACAAGAUUAGGAAAUUGAUGUAAUCCUAAGGGAAUUAGAAGUCAUCUAGUUCUAAGAAAAG